CUUCCCUUAUAUGGUGAAGGCAGUUCCUAGAGGAGGGGGGGUGGGGACAAAGGUCGCUCUUCUGCAGCCAGCUUGCCACAACUCCCUGAGAUCUCCCAGGUGGCAGCUGCCUCCCCAAGACAGGCUCACUCACCAUGACCACGCUGAGCACCCAAGUUAAAGGCUCUCUCAACGUCACGACCCCAGGGCUGCAGAUAUGGAGGAUUGAGGCCAUGCAGAUGGUACCUGUUCCUUCCAGCACCUUUGGGAGCUUCUUCGACGGUGACUGCUACAUCAUCUUGGCUAUCCACAAGACAGCCAGCAACCUGUCCUAUGACAUCCACUACUGGAUUGGCCAGAACUCCUCCCAGGAUGAGCAGGGGGCAGCUGCCAUCUACACCACACAGAUGGACGACUUCCUGAAGGGCCGGGCCGUGCAGCACCGCGAGGUCCAGGGCAACGAGAGCGAGGCCUUCCGAGGCUACUUCAAGCAAGGCAUUGUGAUCCAGAAAGGUGGCGUGGCUUCCGGCAUGAAGCACGUGGAGACCAACUCCUUUGACAUCCAGAGGCUGCUGCAUGUCAAGGGCAAGAGGAACGUGGUAGCUGGAGAGGUAGAGAUGUCCUGGAAGAGUUUCAACCGAGGGGAUGUUUUCCUCCUGGACCUCGGGAAGCUAAUCAUCCAGUGGAACGGACCUGAAAGCAACCGCAUGGAGAGACUCAGGGUAACCUGCCCAUGCACCACACCUCCAUCUCGAAUCCUAGCCUGCCCCCGCCUGCUCCUGCAGACCCAGCACCUACCCCCUUCGGCUCCCUUUCCCCAGGCCUCUCCCUGUUUGGUACCAGGGGUACAUCUGAUGGUGGAUCUGGUUGGGCUUCCAGCCACCCAUUUCUCUUCCCAGAACUUCAUCAAAGCCAAGCAGUACCCGCCAAGCACACAGGUGGAGGUGCAGAAUGACGGGGCAGAGUCAGCCGUCUUUCAGCAGCUCUUCCAGAAGUGGACCGUGCCCAACCGGACCUCAGGCCUGGGCAAAACCCACACUGUGGGCUCCGUGGCCAAGGUGGAGCAGGUGAAGUUCGAUGCCUCGUCCAUGCAUGUCCAGCCCCAGGUGGCUGCCCAGCAGAAGAUGGUGGAUGAUGGGAGUGGAGACGUGCAGGUGUGGCGUAUUGAGGACCUAGAGCUGGCACCUGUGGAUUCCAAGUGGCAAGGCCACUUCUACGGGGGCGACUGCUACCUGCUGCUCUACACCUACCUCAUCGGCGAGAAGCAGCACUACCUACUCUACAUCUGGCAGGGCUCCCAGGCCAGCCAAGAUGAAAUUGCAGCAUCAGCUUAUCAAGCCGUCAUCCUCGACCAGAAGUACAAUGGUGAACCAGUCCAGAUCCGGGUCCCCAUGGGCAAGGAGCCGCCUCAUCUUAUGUCCAUCUUCAAGGGACGCAUGGUUGUCUACCAGGGAGGCACCUCCCGAGGUAACAACGUGGAGUCUGGGCCCUCCACACGGCUGUUCCAGGUCCAGGGAACCAGAGACAACAACACCAAGGCCUUUGAGGUCCCAGCGCGGGCCAGUUCCCUCAAUUCCAAUGAUGUCUUUGUCCUCAAGACCCAGUCCUGCUGCUACCUAUGGUGUGGGAAGGGCUGUAGUGGGGACGAGCGGGAGAUGGCCAAGAUGGUUGCUGACACCAUCUCCCGGACAGAGAAGCAAGUGGUGGUGGAAGGGCAGGAGCCAGCCAACUUCUGGAUGGCCCUGGGCGGGAAGGCUCCCUAUGCCAACACAAAGAGACUACAGGAAGAAAACCAGGUCAUCACCCCCCGGCUCUUUGAAUGUUCCAACCAGACCGGGCGCUUCCUGGCCACCGAGAUCCCCGACUUCAAUCAGGACGACUUGGAAGAGGAUGAUGUGUUCCUACUAGAUGUCUGGGACCAGGUCUUCUUCUGGAUUGGGAAACAUGCCAACGAGGAGGAGAAGAAGGCUGCAGCAAUCACGGUGCAGGAAUACCUCAAGACCCAUCCCAGCGGGCGUGACCCCGAGACCCCCAUCAUUGUGGUGAAGCAGGGACAUGAGCCCCCCACCUUCACAGGCUGGUUCCUGGCUUGGGAUCCCUUCAAGUGGAGUAACACAAAAUCCUAUGAGGACCUGAAGGAGGAGCUUGGCAACUCUAGAGACUGGAGCCAGAUCACUGCUGAGAUCACAAGCCCCAAAGUGGACGUGUUCAAUGCUAACACCAACCUCAAUUCUGGGCCUCUGCCCAUCUUCCCCCUGGAGAAGCUAGUGAACAAGCCUGUAGAGGAGCUCCCCGAGGGUGUGGACCCCAGCAGGAAGGAGGAACACCUGUCCAUUGAAGAUUUCACUCAGGCUUUUGGGAUGACUCCAACUGCCUUCUCUGCUCUGCCUCGAUGGAAGCAACAAAACCUUAAGAAAGAAAAAGGACUAUUUUGAGAAGAGUGGCUGUGGUUGUAAAGCAGCACCCUACCGUAAUUGUGGGGUUUUAUCACCGGUAUUAGUCCUACACCAAUUGAAGUGAAAUUUUACAGUUGUGCCUAUGAGCACAAACUUCUAUGGGCAAAUGCCACUUUUGUUUAGUAAUUUACCUAUUCCUUCAGAAACAUGAUAUCCCAAAAGGAGCCUGUGGUCCUCAUUUCAACUUCUAGGAAGGUCACUAGGUUGUUUCUAUCCUGAGAUGUUGCAUCAUUUUUAAUACUCCUACUCUAGAGCUUUCUCUUCUUAGAAGAGCAGGGAAACACUCCAUGUAACGUUAGAGUUCUGAGACACUACCUAGCUUGUCCUCUAUCAUGACUCAUUUUUAUCUACGGAAGGUAAGCUGAAGCAUUUUGCAGGUUUACAACGUCCCCAGAGUAACAGCUUUUCCUUUUCACAUAUACUUUCCUUACUGCCUUAUUCAGUGAGUAAGUUAGAGGGUUGAAGGAGAGUUGAAUGGGCCACAAGACUGCCCUCUUAGGAAGUUUCACAAAUGCCAAACAGUACCCAGUGAGAGUAGCACAUCCACUGGGGCUAAGCUUGAGACCUAAAGGCAAGUAUAAAAUGCAAAUGCUUUUCACUCCUCCCAACCCUUAAUAAUAAGGCAAAGGAAAAGCCUAGUGAAGGUUGAUUCUAGGUUUACAAACUUACCCAAAAGCCUGUGCAAAGCUUCACAGACUCCUCAGAUGAAAAUAACAGGAAUCAGUGGUGACUAGGCCGAACACUGGUUUGCCAUUCUGUUCCCUUUAAGAAGUAACAGUGCUGCAAGGAAUUCCAAGUCAGAAAGCCAACAGAAGGCGAUUUCCUCAACUUUGAAUGGGUUGUUAUGAGUAUCGGCAAGAAUGUGUCCUUUUCAGAAAUAACAGUCCAAUCAACAGAAGGUUAAUAAAGGCUUUAAUUUCGUACACACAAAAAAACUCUAUGCAUAAUUUAAAAAGGAAACAAAAACAAGGAAAAACCGUAAAGGAUACAGAGGAACAGUUCUGCUAAAACACAGAUAAAAGUGCCGCUCCAUACAAAACAUAAAGAAUCAGAAUCAAAAGUCACUCUGAACAUAAAGAAAAAAAAUCACCUCACAAAUAAUGUGGCCACAGCUGCCAGAAAGCCUGGUAGUGGCUCAAUUAGGCAAAGUGUAGGAAUCUCAUUGUUUUUCUCUCUUUAAGUAUAAAGAAACAGCAUUGACAAUAGGCCAGAGAAGUUAGGGAGGGAGGGAAAAGCUCAGAGGGAGGGAAACCUGGGGACAAGAGGUGUGCACAUUCACAUGUGGUCUCACUCUUCACACAGGCCCACUAUUUUUGAAACAGACCAGUUUAGUUGACUGCUCUUCUUUGUUCUGGCAUCUGACCAGGCAAACCUGUAUCCUGGUCCAGACCCUCACCCACUCUAUUCUUAUGCCAAUAGAUAUAUCUAUACUUUGAACCUCUGUACUUUUAAGAAAAGUCCAAUGUUACAAAAUCGAAUGCUUACAUUCAGACUGGCACACUUUUUAAUAAAAACUCUAUACACCUCAGACUUAUAGCACACAUGGAAACAACUUACUAAUUGUAUAUAAGUACGAUACAAUGAAUGAGACUGCCUCAAGUCUAGUAAUCAAAGCAUGCCAUAAGGUGAAUGAUUGUGGUGAAACACAGCAAAAUAAUUGUCACAAAACUCUCAAGGCCUAACAAACUAGAGUUUUCCAAUAAAAUAAAAUUUUUCAGAUGUUAAUAAGACAUAUCAAUAGAGACAAAAUUAGAAUUUUGAAGUAAUGCAAGAAAAAAGACUUUAGAGGGCAGAAGUCUAUUUAAUUUAGUAUAUACUUGUAAGAGUGCAUUACCCAGUAUAAAGCAAAAUGGGGAGGAAAAAGACAUCUAUCCAUUUUAUUGGAACACCUUUAUGUGUCUUGCAUCUGGUGUUGGGUUGUUGAUUUUCCCAAAAAA